AUGGAUGAUGUCAAUUUUUCCUUUGCAGACGUGCCAAAGAAGUUAAAGAGCAACGCACCUUCUUCAAGAUGGAAAUCCAUGUUAAAUUCUGUUGCCAAGCAUGUUUCACAGGUUCCUAUCUCUUUGGCAAUAAGGGUAGCAUCCCUUAAAGGGACAUUGCGUUUUCUUAUAAAGCCGCCACCGUCCGAUCAACUGUGGUAUGGUUUCACAUUUAUGCCUGAUAUAGACUUCAACUUGGAAUCAUCUGUUGGAGAACACAAGAUAACUAAUACUCACAUUGCUAUGUUCCUAAUCAGUCGGCUCAAGGCAGCGAUUCGGGACACGCUAGUGCUCCCGAAUAGUGAAAACAUAAGCAUUCAAUGGAUGCUAGCAGAAAAGGAUGAUUGGAUUCCUCGGAGUGUUGCUCCAUUUAUAUGGAUCCACCCAGAAUCUGGGAAUGAAACUUCAAAUUCAAUUGAUACGGUUUUGAAAGCUCACCCAACAGAUACCAGUAAUGAAGCUAGUGCAAGGACCUCAACUGAUGAUCCAGAACUGAAACAACAAAAACUCAAGAAAAGCGAUGCUAGGAAAUUAAAUUCUCUGACACUUUCAUCGAUAUCUUCUAUUUCAGAAGCAUUAAGGAAUAGCAAAAGUUUGGAAGAAUUUACAAAACCUUCAUUAGAAAGUGGCCAACAAGAAGAAACUAGUGACUUGAAAGAUCUUUGUACGCCUUUAUUAGAAAGUGGCACUAGUGAAGCUAGUGAAGAGAAGAUGGACGAUGUUUCUGUUUGCAGUUCGCCUUCGAAUAGUGUGGUAAUAGAUAGGUCAACCAGUCCGAGUCCGAGUCAACAGGAUGAUUCAAAGCCGAAGAAAAUCGGAAAAAGGGAAAGGAUGUUUGAUUUGCGAAGGAAAAUGAGUGAGAAAUUUGAAGAGAAGAAGCGUAACAUCGAAGAAAAGGGUAGGCACAUUGUUGAAAAGAUGAGAGCUUCUGAGAAAUGA